UCGUACAAAGCGAAAACGGAUGACGUGGGAGAAGACUUGAUUGCCGUUUUAGUCAAAGUUCGAUGAAAAAACCCCUCAAUUCAUAUCUUUCUGCGACGUCUCGUUUUGUUCCAAUUCGUCUUGUGAGACGUUCUUUGACCCCCACAGCCCUUCUUUUGCUUGUACCACCAAGCUUCCAAGAAAGCCCACCAUCUAUAUAUAUACACACGGAGGAGAGGCUUUGCACCAUCUCAUAGCCAAAUUCAGCUCCCUUCCCACCACCCCACCAACUGCAGAGACUGUAUUAGCUCUAUAGAGAGGGGAAAAAAAGGAAAUGGCUGACAGCAAUAGCCCAAAUCUUGCUUUUGAAAAAGAAAGAAUCAUUAUUGUGCAACAUGGGAUCUUUGCCCUUCUCCUCAAGACGUUAAGCAAUUACAUCCAAGUCAAGUACCAAUCAAUUCAAGCGUCUCCCAUGGACACACACCAUCUUAUCAUGUUCAUUUUCCUCCUGGCUCUAUUUAUAUAUGCCACGGCAUUGGUGGUUGAGGUUAUGCUCCGAGCUUCUGAAUCAAUCUACCACACACAUGUUGGCAACAUCCGCCUCUUUGCCGGUGGCUUUGCUGCAAUUUUGCUCCUGGCAAUUCUUUAUCCAAUCUUGGGCUGCAUCAUUUCCUUGAUGUGGGCCUGUUUAUUUGUGAAAAUAGCAUACGAAUCAUUCCAGGAGUUGUACAGCUUUUUAUACCAAACAGUUGCUGGGGUACUCCACAUGUUGAGCAGGCUAUUUGGAAGUGUGAGAUGCCAUGAAGAAGAGGAACCAAACCAGCCGCCUGCGUAGGUCCCUUUAAAAAUCAUGGGCUGUGUAGAAAUAUAUGUUUUUGUAUCACAUGUCAUUGUAUUCUGGAGAUAUGCAUGUUUUUUACUUGAUUAGUGGGUCAGUAAAUAAGAGUUUUCACUA